CGUGCUUUUUGACGACGAAUGUAUUCUAGAUUUUUGUCUCUGAAGAUGAUCCUUAUUUCUUUUUUACAGAAAAGGUGACCGAAUGAGUAUACGCAUUGUUUUGUGUUACAUGUGAUGAAUUCGGGCAAUAUUCGCGAAUCAUUUAUGGAUGUGGACGCAUCCGAACACGCGGAAAUGAUGGAAACUGUUGGGGACGAAGAGUAUUACGCAGAUUUGUCUGAUUCCUUGAUACUGACAAAUCUUCCGAGCUCUAUUUUCGUGAUGGACGACGCUCGUGUGAAGCUGGAAGAAAUCCUGCGUUCCUACGACGAGUCUGUCUCGGUCCUGUAUUUCAAAAGCUUCCGGAGAGCCAGAGUUACCUUCUCCACGAGUUGGAAAGCUGCGUUUGCGAGAAUUCAUUUAAACGGUGUGACUAUUCUGGGAAGUGAAGUUGGUUGUUUCAUGGCGCAGCCUCGGAUGAAUUCGAAAGAACAAGAAGAAGAUUCCACAGGUCAUUUGAAACCACCAAAACCGGAAAAGCAGUUUUUAAUAUCUCCGCCGGCGUCACCACCAGUGGAUUGGGAGCAGUCCCACGAAUCUGAACCCACUAUCAAUUACGACCUCCUUCGUGCUGUCACUCAACUAACUCCAGGAGAAAGCCAUGAACUUCACCCGCCGUCUGAAGAACAUCCCGCCAUCAUCGUCCACGUUUGUGAGGACGAAUCCGGUGAAGGGGAAGUUUUGGUGAUCGGCGUUUUGAACGAACUCCAGCGUCGUUACUGGGGGCAGUACAUCGUGCCCACGUUGAUCUUCGCAACGAGGAUGUCGAGUGAUAGUGAAAGUUCGAGUUCAUCAAGUGGUGAAGAUGCCGAGAAUGAUCGCAUUAAAUACCUCAAGGCUAAAAUCGCGAAGCUCGAACGAAAGAAAAAGAAGAUCGAUCGAAAGGAGAAGAAGCUACAGAAAAAAGGGAAAAAGAAGGACAAGGAUGUCGAACCCAACGUUGACGUGAAAUCAGCGAGAGAAGAAUGGAUGACCGCGGGCGAUAUUGAUAAUGCUGCCUUUCCAUGUUUUUCUUUGGCCGAAGUCAAAGCCGAGCGAAAGAAAGAGCGGGAGGAACGUUUAUAUCAGACAGAUGCAUCCUAUCGUUCCAGAGUUGAAUCAAGAAAGUUGAUGGAAAACCCCGGAACUCAUGCUCGUGAAUUGAAUCCGUAUUGGAAAGACGGUGGGACGGGAUUGCCUGCGGAAGAUCCGAGUUCGUCAAGCAAAAGUUCGAUUGGUGAUGGUGGUUCUUCCUGGUUGCGUCGUGCUUUCAGAAGAGCGAAAGAGAUGGCAGAAGAACAAGGAAAGCCUCUUGAGGAAAUCAUUGCGGAGCGUUGGGGCUCGGUUGAGAAAUUGCAAAAGAUGAUGUCCGCAGCUGAGGGACGAGAUGUGAGGUUGAAUCUGGAAUCUAGGCCGAAGUCUUCGCACAAGGACUCCAAUCGGUACAAACGUCCAUCUGAUGCAGAUGCUUCGUCAGGGAAACCUGCCGUUUCAAGUAGAAGCUCGGGAACCCGCGGUUGGAAAAAGCGAAAAUCUCCGGAACCGGAAUCUGAUAGCAAGAGAUCCCCUGAACGCGCAGAGUUGUCCUCAAGACCAACGUCUCGGAAAGGGGAAAUCGAAGAGCCGAACAUGGAAACGGAAGACGACUACCUAUUGACUCCAAAAGAACUCAAUGCACUCGGAGCGAAGAUCCUGAGAGCCGAGUUGAUGGGUGACAAAGCAACUGCCGCCAAAUUGCAAGCUAAGCUCGAUAAAGCCCGAGAAAUGUCGGCCGGUAAACGAAUUGUUGUUGCUGAUCAAACACCUCGUGAUGUCCAGAAAGUCCCGACAAGAAUGACUGCUGAAAUGCAGAAGUACAAGUUUGACGACAAAAACUCGCUGCACAGCAUUUUUGUGACUGAGAAGAAUCUCACUGAUGCCGGCGACGGAGACAGAGCCUUGUUCAACAAAAUGUCUGCUCGUGCUGCCAAAAGUGCUGCUUUGGGAGUCGAAGAACGCGUCCAGCCUGAUGAAUGGGAUGAAGACGGGACGGCGGUCGAGAAGAGCGCCAAAACAGCGAAGCGCGAGGCCAAAGAAGCGAUGCGGAGCGAGUUGGCAGAAAAGAAGCGAAUGGAGGCCAUAGAUAGGAUACAGCAGAAACAGUUGGAAACCUGUCGCAGGUGCUUCCAUUCCUCCAGGAUGAUAAAGCAUUUGAUGAUCGCCAUGGGAUCAUUUACAUACCUCAGCGUACCCGGAUUUCAAAGCUUGGUCGAUGGGCAUUGCCUUAUCUCACCCUUGUCUCAUGUCCCAAGCUCCCUUACAGCCGACGAGAACGAAUGGGAGGAAAUCAAGAAUUUUGCCAAGUCUUUGGUGCGAAUGUUUCAAGAUCGCGGCGAAGACUGCGUGUUUUUCGAAUACUUCGCUGGCGAUAAGUCUAAAGCCGGAUUCCCACAUUUGACGAUAGAAUGUGUGCCUUUGCCGAGGGAACUUGGAGACCAGGCUCCAAUUUAUUUUAAAAAAGCGUUGAUGGAGUGCGAAACCGAGUGGUCGCAGAACAAAAAAGUUGUGGACAUCCCGCGUGGUCGAGAUGUUCGCUCAGUUAUCCCCCGUGGAUUACCUUACUUCUUCAUCAGUCUUGCGUGGGAUGAAAUCGGAUUUGCGCACGUUAUCGAAGAUCUGGAGACGUUUCCGCGAAAUUUUGCACAGGAAAUCAUUGGAGGGAUGCUGGAAUUGGAUCCAAGACUUUGGAGAAAGCCGUUUUGGGAACCCGUUGAUGCUCAAUUUGAGAAAGUCGAGGCAUUCUCGAAAGGCUACAGUAAUUACGACUGGACGGCAAAAUGAGUUGCCGACACUUGAACAUUUUUUUUUUAUUCUCUUGAAGAGAUUUCUGCAGUCUACUGUCCCAAUGAUUUUCGGACUUUUUUCAUGAGGCUUCGAUUGAAGAAGGGGGGCAGGUGCCGCAUUGGUUCUUUUCGCGUUCGAAUGAUCGAUAGCGUUCGUGUCGAGUCGUAACCCAUGUUGAGGAACGAGGAAAUAAGUGGCAUUCAGUUUUUCUCGGAG